AUGCAGGUUGCUCUGGCUAACCUUGUAGGCAUAGGAAAUCAGAGGUUCAGCACCAAAGUAGAGAGAGCCUCCACUAAACUCCACAACACAAGAGAAGCAAAACCAGACCCCAGAAAAAGUGAGAAAGCAAUGAUUAAAGCAGAUACUGUGAAACCACUAGAAUCCUUUGCUGUACAAACUGCAAUCUUAACUCUGUUGGACCACCAAACAGUGUCUAAAAACGAUAAAUAUGGCAGAGGUUUCACACAUCUGCAUGCAUGUUCUGUGUCACGACGACCUUCAGUUGUAAGCGAUAGGUUCAGUGUGUAG